GGAGCCGCGCUGCUCAUGCUGGCGGUGAGAAGCAGGGGUGAUAGCCGUGGUGGGGCAUCCCCACCCGCCGCCAUCGCCAUGAAGUCGCCUCAGGCCCAGCGGCCGGCGAGUCAAGCUCUGGGAGAGAACAGCGGCGGCGACCUGGCGGAGGCGCUGGGGGAGUUCGACGCGGUGCUGGCGGAGUUCAACUGCCCUGCCGGCCGGCGCCGCUUCUACUACGGCGAGCACUUGGAGCGCAUGAAGCGGCGGAGCAGCGCCAGCGUCAGCGACGGCAGCGGCCUCAGCGACUCGGAGAGUGCAGAUUCACUCUACAGAAAUAGUUUCAGCCUCAGUGAUGAGAAGCUGAACUCUCCAUCUGCAUCUACUCUGAGCUUGCCAUCUCCAUCAGCAACCCCAUGUAAAGCAAAGCUUGGAGACACAAAAGAACUGGAGGACUUCAUUGCUGAUCUUGACAGGACACUAGCAAACAUGUGAAAUGAACCUUUGCUCCUAUGCUAGCCCAUGGAAUGUCUUCUGAAGGAUAAGUGACAUCAGUCACUGAGAACUGCUGCCCUUGUGUGAUAACUCUGCUACCCAAGAUGCUCACCUUCUGAACAUAACCUUUGUGAACUCCUCCAAGCAUUUAGCCGCCGACAUCGUUUCUGUUGUUUUGCAGCGGUUGGAAUAAGAACUGAAGCAUUGCAGCUGUAUUUUGCUUCAAGAUAUAGCUCAGAUUUUAAUUUAAAGUUGCUUUUAUGAAAAUAUAUUUGUAAUUUUAUAGAGUUGAGAACUUUUAAUGCUUCCCCCCAACCACACA